GUAUUCAUGUUGUAUUGUAAUGAGAAAGUAUCAAAGAUGAAUCAAGUAUCGCUAUAAAAGUAUAAAAUGAUAUAUUCCAAUAUUUGGCCUAUGAGUUAAUAUUAUUUCGUGGCCUCGACUGCCGCCAAUAAAUAAGUGGCGAAUUAUUAAUUGAUAAUAAGGCUGAAGGAAUUGAAUAUUGUUUGGAGUUUGGAGUACUGGACACUCAAAUAGUCAUAACAAGGCUGAAGGGGGUUUAUUGAAGAAACAUGCCUGGACAAGUGAUAUCAGUUUGCAUCUUCUGCUUCCUUUGUAUGACACACUCAUCUUGUGAAUCACAUUCUUCUACCAACUAUGAUUCAAAAGAUUUGACACUGCUCCAGAGGUUACAAAUACCUCCACAAGAAAAACUCAGAUAUGUGUCACCAUCAUUGAUCAAUGACAAAACUCAUCAGGGAAAAACUCAUGUGAAGGUGAAAAGAAACAGUGAUUCAAAUAAUGAUGAUGAUGAGACAGAUUCAGAUUAUAUCAAGAAAAUAUUCAGGCUCUACAGUGAUGGAAAUGUCAUUACAGCAGAUGGUUUUCAAAGAUUCCUCUUAGAUUUAGGUUUGCAUGAGAAGAUAAAACAGGUUGAUGGAAGAACAGAGCUCAAGAGCAACAGUACUUGCUCACAAAGCCACCAACACAACGCAAUCCCCAAACCAAACUCGUCAGAUGUCAUCAAUCAGACCGAAUUCUAUGAAACUUGUCCCACCAUAUUGUACGGUCUACUAGCCCACCGCCUGUGCCCCGAAAAUGCCUCCAGCCUCCAUGAAGAAACCCCCUCGCCCCUGCGAAACAACGGUUUCGUGUGGCUCUGCUCCAUACUGGCAGUGAUCCUGAUAAGCGCCUGUGGGGUGUUAUCCUUAGCAAUCGUCCCGGUGAUGAAGAAAAAAAUGUACAAACCCAUGAUACAAUUUCUGGUAGCUCUGGCGGUGGGCACCCUGAUGGGGGACGCCCUGCUGCAUCUCUUACCCCACGCCAUGUCUGCCCCCCAUGCGCACGAAGGGGAGCACGAUCACGUCGACCAUCUGGACCAUGAUCAUGACCAGAAUAUCCAGAAGGGCGGAGUGGCCAUGAUGGGGGUGAUUUUUUUCUUUGUUAUGGAGCGGUUUAUUUCGCUGGCGGGGAAAUGGAGGAAGAAGCGGCAGCGGCAUCAGCAUUCGCAUGUGACGGUGCUGGACGAAGAGAUGAACAAGAUGAAUAAGGGGGAGAAUGACACUCAGUGCAUGGACAGGUACAAUUCGGUGCCGUUUUGCUACAAGGAUAUCAUGAAUGAUCCAAAUACAAUUUACGAAUCCAACAGAACUGGAGCAACCGGACUCGACCCAAGCAGUAACUCAGAAGUACAACCCUGUAAAAAUUCCAAAUCCCCAACUCUGGAUAUACUUGAGACCAACCAAAGUAUCAUAGAAUGUGCAGGAGGCGAUAUUGGUCUUACUACAGAAAUCAACAAAAUGUUGACUCCUGAAAACAACCACAAUGAAGACUAUACAGUUAUUGUCAGGGAGCACAAGAGCGACCACCACGGCCACUCCCACAAGCACGGCCACGUCCAUUCGGCCCCUCAAAACUUCUCCUCGGUCGCGUGGAUGGUCAUCAUGGGCGACGGGCUGCACAACUUCACCGACGGCAUGGCCAUCGGGGCGGCUUUCGCGGGCAGCCUGGCGGGCGGCUUCUCCACCACCAUCGCCGUUUUUUGUCACGAGCUGCCGCACGAGCUGGGCGACUUCGCGAUGCUGCUCAAAGCGGGCAUGACGAUCAAGCAGGCGCUGUAUUAUAACGUGCUGUCGAGCGUGCUGUGCGUGUUCGGGAACGUUUUCGGACUCGUUCUGGGUAAUACUGAAUACGCAAGUUCGUGGGUUUUCGCUGCGGCAGCUGGUAUGUUUAUCUACAUCGCACUCGUUGACAUGAUCCCCGAACUGAGUUCAGCCCACGAAGACGAAGGUGAUAUAACUGUGUGUAUAUUGCACUUGGGAGGGCUACUGUUAGGCUUCGCCAUCAUGGCGUUGAUUGCAUUUUACGAACAUGAUUUGCUGAAUAUUUUCAGCUAUUGAUUUCCACUUUGUUUUUGUUGAAUUUGUACAAGGAAACUACUUUCUUAUUUCGUUUUAGUACCUUGGAUAUAGUUAUUACAUAUUAAGUUUUGCGCUUGUCUGUAAAAUUAUAGAUGUUAUUUUCAAACUUGACUGACAUUUGGAAAUAAAUAACUUUGCAGGGU